CCAGGCCGAGGCCGUUCUGCGCACUCUCCAGAUCAUAAUCGAGGCAACAGGGAUGUAUACGAUGAGCGCGACCGUGGCCGAUACAGUCCCAGAGGUCGUAGCAACUCCCCCGACGAUAGAUAUCACCAACAAGGCGCCUAUCGCCCUGGUCCCGGCCAGCCACACCACACUAUCAAGAUGGACGAUAUCCCGAGUAGUAUGAACGCGCAAGAGAUUGAGGAAACACUGCGAUCUCUCGGUGCUCAAGGUCUUACCGAUCUCCGCGUCAAAUCCGAUGACCGAAGUAGUGAUCGUCGUUGCUAUGCCUUCGCCGAGUUCAGUUCGGAAGACGCGUCAACCGCCUUCCUCGAGCAGCAUUACCCUGCCCUUGAAUUUGCCGCCCUUGAUGGGUCUUCUGUGCGUGUACCGAUAGCAUAUAGUCGGGACCGUCGACCUGCUCCCAAAUCCGAUGAUUGGCAAUGCACCAUGUGCCAUUUUGAGAACUUCUCAAGGCGGGCGACGUGCAAGCAAUGCAAAGCUCCCAGACCCUCCGAGGAUGCCGCCGAUAUGCAAUUAGAUGGCAAAAGUGAUGAAUGCCCACAGCAGACGGCCUCGCAGUUCUUGGUUGUCCGCAACCUACCUCCUUCCAUAAGCGAGUCUAUAUUUGCGAGCGGUAUUAAGAAGCUCUAUGUUGCCAAAGAGGACGAGCCAAAGCAGCCAGCCGGUGCGCCUGUCAAGCUGAAGAGCACAGCGCCCGUGGGCAACACCUCUGGUCUAGGAGCCAAACCUGGCUCCCUUGCCAGGGUCUUUGUGAUUCGCGAUAGAUAUUCCGACGCCAGCUGCAGGUAUGGCUUUGCUGAGUUCUCUCAUAUAGAUGAGGCUCGUGCAGCUAUGGCGAAGUUUAACGCCACCCCCCAGUUCACGAUCGGUUCGAAGCCUGUGAAUAUCGCCUACAUACACUCCGGUGUAUUUAUCCCGUACUUGAAACCAGUCAUUACUGAACAGGAUGUCAAGUUCACUUUCUCUGCAUCUCACAACCCCUCUUUAAGACUGAGCUAUUGGAACCCUACAGUAUACGCGAGUGAAUAUACCGUCUUCAACGAAGAUUUGUACGCGGAAAAGUCGACGCAGCCCACAGGCCCUGAGUCUAACGCUGCUGCUAAAGAAUCGAAGAAGCGGAAGGCGGAGAAAGACCUUGUUGCCCCGGGCGGGAAGAAAACAGUUGCUAUGGCGCCACAGUUGGCAAAGUGGGCGAACAAACAUGCAGAAUUGCAUCGAGGAAAGCCAAAGACUAUCAAGGAUGAUCAAAUCCCGGACGAGAAAAAUGUCCCUGUCACCGGUCCGAGUAGUCUUGGUGGUAGCGUUAUCUCACCUUCGAUCUCAGUUCCCUCUACGUUCACGGUAUCAUACGCAAACUUGGACCGUAUGUGCUGCCUACUAUGCAGACGGAAGUUCAUAAGCGAGCCGUCCCUCCGGCGGCAUGAACAACUUAGCGACCUUCACAAGAAGAAUCUGGAUGAUGAUGCCCUCAUUCAGAAAGCAACAUCGGACUUGAAAGCCGUGGGUCAGGAGCCUGUCUCCACUUACAGAGAUCGUGCCAAAGAACGUCGUAUGGCACACAGGCAACCGACUAAGCCCAAGCAACAACCACCACGGAAGCACAAUCCGGCAUCCAAGGAUAAUGAGCCCAAGGAUGCGGCUGCUAGUAAACCUACGAUCUCCAAGGGAGCCGGAUUACUUGCGAAGAUGGGCUGGAGCAAUGGUGCUGGUCUAGGAGCUGAGGGCGAUGGGCGCACACACAUCAUUGAGACCAUGGCGUAUACACCAGGUGUUGGACUGGGCGCCGAAGGCGGCAAGAUUGGUGAUGCUGCUGAGGAGGCUGCUCGUGCCACAACAAAUAACUAUUCUGACUUCGUGGCGAAGGCCAAGGACAAAGCCAGGCAACGUUAUGAGACCAUGGGCUAGUCAUUGUGACAACGGGUCUCUCUCUGCAUGAGGUUAUGGCUUCGUUGAUGAGAUGAAGCUGGUAUAACAGCUCGGUGCUUCUCCCU